AGGCAAGGUGGUUGUCUGGUAUUGCCGCGGUACUUGUCGCAAAUGCUCUGUUACGUCUCUCGUGUGGUAACCAAGCGAACACCAAAGAUUACGUAUUGUUUGCAUGCGGCGAGUUAUUAAAGGUGCAGACAGUCAGUAUACGUUCAACAAUGCAAAGGCUAGAAGCUAACAUCAUUGAAAAGAUAGCCGAGGAAAAAGACCCGAUUCUUACAUGGCUGCACCCUAAAGUUACUGUCAAGAACAUCGAAGGGAUGAAGGUUCCAGGCAUUGCGCUACUGUCAACUGCUGUCGACAGUUUUGUCGAUAUUUCACAUACAGAAUUCAAAGAAUUGCAAAGUACGCUUGUACGGGAGCCCGGGACAAUAGGGAUAUACUUCGGAAAAGACAGGGAAUGCACCUUGGAGCAAAUGAUUAAAAGGAAACACGUUUGCCAGAAAAGAGCGUACCGAAUUCCUCUGGGGAAACUGAUGCCAUUCACGCAACAUAUGAUAGCGUAUGCCAGUGGAAUUCGGGAUGAUGCCCCCAAUGAGAGUGAUAUGGAAGAAAUCAACAAUCCAGCAACAACAAUAUCGGACGAAGGUUGCGAAAGCUUGGACACUCUCGAAAACGAGUUGAGGAUAAAGUUAGAAGCAUCUAAAAAUAGUCAAGUCAUGCAAUAUCGCGAAAAUACAACUGAACCUACCGAAAGUGAAGAGGAGCUCGACUUCAGUUUUACAGAGAAACUUACACCGAACACAAAGGCUAGAUAUAACAACCUGACUCCAAGGAAAAGGAAAACAUUUGCUUGGGCCAUUGAAGUCGCGCAAAAAAUAAUAAAGAGACCCGAAAUAGAUCACAAUACAACAGACGUGAGAACUUCCCAAGACAAAAUUCCGAUUCAACCCCAAUAG